AUGGAGGGGCAUAUUUCUGAUCAGUCGGCCACUUCAAAUACCAAUGGUAGCAGAUCCUCCAGUCAGUCUUCGGGCCGGCCUUCUCGCAAUGCUUCAAGCAUCGAAACGAGUGUAACGAAGCUUCUGAUGUCAACCAAGCAACUGUUACAGCGGCUCACACAGUGGUCAAAAGGACAGGCAAAUGAGAAGAAUGUGUCGGACGCGUACGUUCAGCUAGGUAACGACUUCAAACUAGUCACGAAACAAUUUUCCCAUGCAGGAUUGGAGGUUUCUGAUUUGGGCGAUCUUCCGUCUAGCUUACGGCAAGUCUUAGAAGUAGCUUUGAGGGAGAAGCCAUCAGAAGAAACACUUGAUAAGUAUCUUCCCAGCAUUCGUGAGAUCGUGGUCACACUUUUAGACAAGCUCAAAGUCAAGCAAACGCUGCUGAAGAGUACGAGAAACAAUAUUAAGCCUCCGUACGUCACUCCUAGAAGAUCUCGUUCUGGCGUAUCCUCAGACGCUGCUUCUGGAAGGUCUACUCCUGCUCACAGAAGCUCUGAUUCUGUAGGCGAAAAUGGACAAUCCUCACGUUCCAGGUCGCCGGCCGCAACCAGUACUCCAACGAGAAACGACGAGGCCUCGUCGCUUGUUCGAAAACAGCGUGAAGACCAGGAUGCGGCUUUAGCACAACUCAAAAAUAGUGAUACCUUGCAGAGAAGGGCAUCAAAGAGGUUUUCGGCCUAUCACAUGGCAAAGCUCAGCCAUCAGUCAACAAGUGAGGCAGCAGCAUUAGCUACUCCUCCACAAUAUGUUGGUAAAGAUUGGAGCACUAAUGAGCACAAUUUGCACACUGGCACGGGGCUCGCGACAAAUGAUGCGGAACAAUCAGCAGCUUUGCCAAAUAACGACACUUCGCUUGAGGCGGAAGGCACAGCUAAGCGCGUUAUGGUAUUUCUCAAACUCGACGGGAGAACGAAAAAAUGCUCUAUAUCCUUGCCGGCAUCCUUCAACACUCUCAGGCUCCUUUUCGUAGAAAAAUUCACGUAUACACCUGGUUCCAGUAGCUUUCCUGAGAUCUGCAUUAGAGAUCCUGACUACGACGUUUUUUAUGAAUUGGAGUCUGGUCAUCUUGACAACAUUCAAGCUGGGUCCGUUCUGGCGUUGCAGACAGCCGAGAAGUCGUCUUCUGACGAAAGAACGUUGACUGGAGUUCUGGAAAGCUUCGAAGAGCGUCUAGGAAUGAAGCAAGAAGCACUACUUGAGGAAAUACAAAAACUUAGAGAUUUGCCUUCGUCGCGGCAGGAGCCGCUUCUACAGCCACAAGAUAAAAAGCUUGACGGGGCCUUUCACGCGGAGUUGGAACAUCUAAGACGUCAAUUAGCCGUUUUACUCCAAAUCCAUACUGCGAAGACGAAAAACUACGAAAAAAAAAUCGCUGAUAUUUUGGAAAAGGUUUCAAAAUUCAAAAGUCUAUCAUUCAACUCUUCAGGUUCUGCUAAUCGCAUUUAUAUGGAGAAAAGCCAUUCAAAGCUUUCUGAAGUUUCGGACGGGCUACUUGGUAAAGUCGAUGAUUUGCAAGACGUGGUCGAAGCUCUCAGAAAGGACGUCGCUGUGAGGGGAGCAAAACCUUCCAAAAAGAAACUUGAAGCUGUUGGUGCGGAAUUGGCAGAUGCUGUAAAUUGUUUGCAUAAAAUGGAUCAACACAUCAUAAUUGAGAAGCCAAAUUGGAAGAAAAUUUGGGAAAGCGAACUUGAAAAGGUUUGUGAAGAGCAACAAUUUUUGACUUUGCAAGAAGACCUCGCAUUCGAUUUCAAGCAGGACCUUGAUAAAGUUCAGGAAACUUUUGACCUCGUCAACUUAUGCUGUGAAGAGAAGGAGAAGAAUCCCAAAAAGACCCACGAUCCUGUUCUACCUAUUGCGAAACCUGGCACAUUCAAUCAACUGAGGGAUGCUGUGUUGAGCGAGGUAGCGGCACUCGAACCAGAUCAUCAGGAAAGACUCGAUGCGAUUGAAAAGGCUGAGAAACUGCGGAAGAAGGAAAUGAACUAUCGAAAUAACAGCGAGUUUGAAGAUGAAUUAGGCAACUUUGUCAAUUCCCAUAAUUUCAAAAAAGCGGGCGGCAUAUGCGAAAUAGAUAGAGAGAGGCAAAGGAGGGAUGAAGAAAACUUGCGAGCGAAUUUCAAACCGAGGUCGACAUGA